UGCCGUGCAGUCCUGAAGACAGGCGUGAUCAGCCAGGCCUCUGGCAGCGCUUAUGCCGAGUUCGGCCACACAAAGGUGAUGGUGGGAGUGUACGGUCCACGGCAGAGCGAGCGGCGUGUGGGGUACAGUGAGCAAGGGCGGGUCAACUGCGACGUCAAGCUGGCCAGCUUUGCCAGCAGGCAGCGCGGCCAGUCGGCGGAGGAGCGGGAGCUGAGCGCAGCGCUGCAGACGGCGCUGGAGGCAGCCGCCGACCUGGCCUCCUUUCCUAAAGCCUCUGUGGACGUGUUUGUGCUGGUGCUGGAGGCGGGGGGCGGCGAGCUGGGGGUGGCGGCCACGGCGGCGGCGCUGGCGCUGGCUGACGCCGGGGUGGAGAUGUUUGACCUGGUGGCGGCGUGCAGCGUGAGCCGGGUGCAGGGCAGCCUGGUGCUUGACCCCACAGCGGACGAGGUGUUCAGGGAGGAAGGCGGCCUCGUGCUGGCGCUGAUGCCUACCAGCAGCGAGGUGACCCAGAUGGUGAGCCGGGGACGAUGGAGCAGCAGCCAGCUGCGGGAGGGGAUGGAGCUGGCCAUGGGGGGCUGUGCGCAGCUGGAUGCGGCGGCACGGCAAUGCUUGAAGGAGGCGGCCGCCAGGCAGCAGCAGGAGCAGCAGCAGCAGCAGCAGACAGGAGGGUAG